UCCCCACUGUCCGCCGCCCGCCGACGCCGCCGCACCCCCCAAACAGGGCCCAAGCUCCCCCCCCGAACCGAAUGCGCCCAUUCUCACCGCGACGACCACGACGCGACCAUCAUAUAUUCCACCCUCUCGUCCAGCGGAAAGAGUUCCAUCCAGAAUAACCAAUCCUCAAUCCAUUCCACUCGCAUGGGUGUGCACAGAAAGGGAUGUUGAUCAAAGCACCCACCGGCCUGCACUACCCCAUUACCGUCGUCGAGCUCAAGAGAAAGCGCGACGAUGAGGUGCGCCGCUCGACGCCGCUCUUCUCCUACACCUACGAGACCAAAGUGACCGAGGGCGACAAGUACGGAGACGAGAAGGAGGUGACGAAGAGAUUUCCCGCUCGCUUCGAUUCCUCUGCCGAUGGCAAGAUCUCGAGAUGGUUCAUAAAGAAUGGGGAUAUACUUCCAAGAGCCGGCGUGCAGAUUUGCGAGGUAGAAGAGCCAUGCACACAUGAGAUCCAAUUCGGCUCUCUGUGCGCAAACUGUGGCAGGGACAUGACGGUCGUAGACUAUUUGACACAGGAGAGCAACCUCAAUCGAGCCACGGUGAACAUGACGCACGACAACACUGCCUUACUCGUGAGCCAGAAGGAGGCCGCGAGAGCGGAAGAGGUGUCGAGGGAGCGCUUGCUCAAGGGCAAGAAACUCUCGCUCAUCGUCGAUCUCGAUCAGACCGUCAUCCACACCACCUGCGAGCGCACAAUAGCUGAAUGGCAGUCCGAUCCGGAAAACCCCAACUACGAUGCUGUCAAGGAUGUACAGAGCUUCCAGCUUGCCGACGACAAUGUCGCACACGUCGCGGCCAAUUGGUAUUACGUCAAGAUGCGCCCAGGGUUGAAGGAAUUCUUCGAGCGCGUCUCGCAAAUGUACGAGAUGCACGUGUACACGAUGGCGACCCGUGCAUAUGCACAAGCCGUUGCGAAAAUCAUCGAUCCCGACCGGAGAUACUUUGGCGACAGGAUAUUGAGUCGAGAUGAGAACUACACGGACAAACUCAAGAGUCUCAAUCGUCUCUUCCCAACCAAUACCGACAUGGUCGUCAUCAUCGAUGACCGAGCGGACAUUUGGCACUACAGCGAGAAUCUGAUACGGGUCCCGGUCUUUAAUUUCUUCCCGGGAGCGGGCGAUAUCAAUGCCAGUUUCUUGCCUAAGCAGCAGGAAUUGGUCACCACUUCUUCGAAACCUGCAACGGCUACUAUCCAAGCGAAACAGGUUGAAGAGAGCCCAGCCGUCAAGGCCGUUUCGAUUGCUGGCAACCCUCCCGAAGCAAAUGGUGCUCUUACCGAGAUUGAGCAACAAUUGAUCUCAAUGGGUGCUGCGGACAGUCCAGAGGUCCUGGAACAGCAAGCAAAGGAGCAAGAGAAGGUCAUCAUCACCCAACAGACCGAGCGGCCCCUCCUACAAAAGCAAUUGAUGCUUGACAAGGAGGACGAGGAAGCCGAAGUGGAGGACGAAAAUGACCAGCUGGGUGAGGUCCAAAACGGCGACUCGCACCAUGCCGACCAUCACCGACAUCGUCACAGCAUUUUGCACGAUGACGACAGAGGCCUGGAUAUCAUCGAAUACCAUCUCCGCCGAGUCCAUAACACAUUCUACGCAGAAUACCGGAAGGCAGCUCCACCUGUCGAUCGCGUUUCAGAGCUAAGGGGCGGCAAGAGCCCUAAGAAGCGAUUUGAUGAGUUCGUGCCAGACAUCAAGGAAUUGAUGCCCCGCAUCAAGAGAGAGGUACUCGGGGAUACCAAUAUCGUCUUCUCCGGCAUCAUCCCGUUGGGCAUGGACGUGCAAUCGUCCGACUUUGCACAAUGGGUGAAGAGCUUCGGAGCCGAAGUUUCACUCAACGUCACCAAACGAACAACACAUGUCAUCGCCAACCCAGACCGAAAGACCACAAAGGUCAAGAAGGCCGCGCGUUAUCCGAACAUCAAGAUCGUCAAUGCGGAUUGGAUGUUCCAAUGUUGCUCGCGGUGGGAGCAUCUCGACGAGGAGCCGUAUAUCAUCGAAGUUGAUCCUGCUGAACGGGAAGGAUCCCCCAUCGACGAUUUCGAGGAUACCGAUGUGGGUGCUUCAGCCGAGGAAGACGGCGCUGGUGAAACGGGGGAACCGCUAACCCUCGAUAUCUCCUGGGAAUCGAUGGACGAUGAACUACAAGCUUUCAUGGAUGAAUCAGAUACCGAGGAUAACAGCAACUCCGACUCUGAAAGCGUUCGCUCAGACACCAGCGUGCAGUCGGAGACGAAGCGGAAAGGGCAAAAGAGGAAGCGAGCCGCAACAGCCUCCGCCGAGGCGAGUGAUGCCGACGAUAGCGACGCAAGUGUCAACAGCACGUCAAAGCUACAGAGGCGGAAGAAACGCACACUGGAGCGAGUAACGUCUCUUACCAACGUGGUCACUGCAGAAAAGACAUCGGGGUUGCCCAGCCCAGAAACCACGGGGCCGGAGGAAGAAGCGAUCGAAGGAGAGCUCGAGAACGAUCCGGACCCAGCAGGCUUGGCCCAAGAAGACUCAGACCCUGAGGCCGAAGACGACGACGAGUUCGCGGCAGAGAUGCUCGCCGAGUUCAGAAAGUCCGACUCGGAAGAAGCAUAAAGUUACCCCAACCUUUCGGGAUUGUGACCAUAGAUGAUACAUGUGCAUAGCGAGGCGUUUCUGGCAAAUAUUCUGGAGUUCUUGUGUUAUUUGGUAACCCCCGGAGACAUUGUAUUGGAAAAUACCAAAUGAUUUGUUUUUUUUAUAUAUUCUGUUCGGGACAAUGCACAUGCACAUGGUCCCCACCAUGUAGCGAGUCACCCACUAAAAUACCGA